AUGAGCUCCUACAUGGCUGUCGCCCCUAAGGAGCAACCCACCAGCGUGAGGCGGACCAAGAUGGACUUCUGGGAUGGGAUGGAGCACGCCUUCAUGAUGCCCAGCGCCACCGCCAAAGCAAAUGCAGAGCAGGACCUGAUCUUCCUUUGCUUUCCAGAGCAAACCUCUGUCUGGGAUGCAGUGGCCGGCUACGUUCAAGAACAGCUCCUGCUGCACAAGAGGGUCCGAAUUCCCACCCUUGGCUCCUUCGAUGUGGUCCCCACACGGACACAGGUUGGGAAUGAGAUUGUGAUUAUCCAGAGGCCGGUGUUUCGCCUGGCCAGGAACCUUGCAACUGUGCACAAUCUCAUGGACGAUAAAGACAACCUUCCUGGCAGUAAGGUGCUGGAGCCUAUGAAAUAUGCCAAGGUGGCCAUGGAUGCCUCUGUGUCCCGGCGAAAAGUGGAGGGCUGCAUCCUAGGCGUCACGUCCCUCCUGUCUCAGUGCCUGGGGAAGGGGGAGAACGUUGCCCUUGUCCUGAGGGACGUGGGGGUGCUCCUCAUCGAAGGCAGGAGUGUGCAAAUGAGAUUCUACUUUGACUUCCUGGAAAGGAUGUCUGGGAAGAGGAACCUAGAAAAGGCUGCAUUCAAGGUCCCCCAGCUGCUCAAAAUGGUGGUGUCCCGGGUGGCAUCCAUUGCUUCCUUGACUCUCUCUGGCCGUGUUAUCAUCUUUCCUGAGUUUGAACUGGAGCUUGUGACCAAACCAACACCCAGGGACCCUCUGAAGGCCUUGAGAAAUGUCCCUGCUGAGGACAAGGGGAAGAAAAAAGAGGGUUUGCCACCUCUCGGGCAAGACACGGAAGGUAAAGCAGCUCCUGCGAGAUUUCCUGAACCGCCCUUGCCUGCUAAUUCAAGCUUGACUAAUAACGAAUGUGAGCAGCUCUGGGAUAAGGCGGUGAUGGAGAUGAGGAACAACUUGCGGGUCAGGCGGCUGCCAGAGAUCCCAGGAGCCUCCUUUGCCAAAAAGCAGCGUAAGACCGGCCAACCCAAGGGCAAACCCGCACCCAAAGGCCGAGCAUCAGAGCUGGGCCGAGCACAGGCAGCAAAACCUCCGAGGUGCAGGGGAAAGGGAAAAGGAGAGAAGAAAGAUGCCCUUGAAGGUGGAGAGCUGAAGAUGGCCAAAGGAAAGACCUUCCGCAGUUGCGGAGUCCAGACCCUGCCUCCACCACCCCGAAUAGCCAUACUUUCGCCAUCAAGCCCUGAGACCAGCCCACUCGAGGUGCCCCUCUACGACACCUCUUUUCUGAUGCCACCAGUGGACGAGGCGUCAAUGCGAUGCUACUACCAGAAGAGAAGAUCACGGCUACCCAGGAUGGAGUGA